AUGGGGGUUCCCGUGGUACUCGUGUCUGCCUGGGACGCUGACGACGCCGACGAAGGAGCUAACGCACAGCUGACGUACUCCAUCGAGAAGAACGUGGUGGACGAGAGGACAGGCGAGGCCAUCUUCAGCGUGGAGCCUCGGAGUGGCCUCGUGCGGGCCGUCCUCUGCUGCCUCGACAGAGAGACGUCACCCGAGUAUCACAUUCAGGUCGUGGCAACUGACGGCGGGGGGCUCAAGGGAACAAGCACGGUGGUGGUACGACUCUCCGACGAGAACGACAACCCUCCUCGCCUGGUUCGACAGCUGUGGGACCUCGAGGUGGACGAGACGUGGGGAAACGGACCACCCGAUAACACCACGCUCCUUAAGAUAACUCCUAAGGAUCCGGACGCCAAUAACUCCUUCUUCUUCAGGCUCUAA